AUGGCGUCCCCGACGCUUCUCCGCACUUUGCGGCCUGCCCUGCGUCCCUCUAUUUGGCGCCCCCAACCCCGACGAUACGCCCACCCAGGCCAAUUCCAACCCUUCGUACCACCCUCCCCAAGCUCUCUAGGCAAACCAACAGCAGCAAAGUCAUAUACAAGAACCCGGAAAUGGCUGCGCCGCAUCGUCUACGUCACACUCGCAACGGGCGUGAUCUACGGCAUUGACAGGCAGUUCUAUGCGCUAUCGCUGACCCGCACCGCCCGCACCUUCUCCCUCGGUCUUCUUGUCGCCCUCGACUACAAAAUCAAUUUUCGUCCACACCCCCCGCUGGCUAGUUCUAUUGCUGCUGUGCAUGCUCGGAACGCUGAGCGGUUAUCAGACCUGCUACGGCAUAAUGGCGGUCUUUACUUGAAGAUUGGACAGGCUAUCGCUAUGCAAUCUGCGAUUCUACCACCUGAGUUCCAGAAAAUGUUUUCGCGCAUGUUUGAUGAUGCGCCUCAGAAUGAUUGGAAGGAUGUUGAGAAGGUCAUUCGUGAGGACUUUGGCAAGUCCCCUGAGGAGGUCUUUGGAGUUUCGUUUACCGGCGAAGCUGGGAAAGGUGUUAUGGAGCGACGAGCCAGAGCUAGUGCGAGUGUUGCUCAGGUCCACUGGGCUCGUUUGCAGGAUGGCCGGGAAGUUGCUAUCAAGAUUCAGAAGCGAGAGAUCGUAGAGCAAGUAGCCUGGGACCUCUGGGCUUUCAAGGUUGUGGCAUGGGUAUACAGCAAAACGUUUGAUAUUCCUUUCUACACACUGGUUCCAUAUGUGAGCGAGAGACUCUCACUUGAGACAGACUUUGUCAAUGAGGCAGACAACUCGGAGACCAUGGCCAAGUUAGUGGCUGGUGAACCUCGUCUGCGCGAUCGCGUGUACGUCCCUCGGGUAUACCGUGAGCUGAGUUCAAAGCGCGUCAUGACCGCUGAAUGGGUAGAAGGCGUGCGGCUCUGGGACAAAGAAGCCAUCACGCGCCCCUGGCGCGGUGGUUGGCGCGAGGGAAGCCCAGGCUGCCACGGGACACCAUUGGACCGGAAGGGUACACCCGCAGACAAGAACCCGCAGGCUGCCAGGGUCAAGCCAGAGCGUGACUUCUGGAGAGGCUACAAGAACCGCGGCGGCCUGGGAUUGUCACUGAAAGAUGUGAUGACCACCAUGGUUGACCUGUUCUCCGCCCAAAUGUUCCUAUGGGGAUGGGUUCACUGCGAUCCACACCCUGGAAACAUCUUCAUCCGCCGCAAGCCAAAUGGAAAGCCGGAACUCGUCCUGAUCGACCACGGCUUGUACAUCCACAUGGACCCCGGAUUCCGUCACCAAUAUGCCCGAUUUUGGAAAGCCCUCUUGACCUUCGAUAACAAGACGCUGACCGAGGUUGCCCAGAGCUGGGGCGUGAAUAACCCAGACAUCUUCGCAUCAGCAACGUUAAUGCGCCCCUACCGCGGCGGAGACAUGUCGACUCAACGCGGUAUCUCCGGUCUAAGCAAGUCCGAACGCGCUGAGCGACACUACGAAAUGCAACAGGCAAUGCGCAAGGCAGUUCGUCAAAUCUUAGGCGAUGAAACCAAAUGGCCACAAGAACUCAUCUUCAUCGGGCGCAACCUGCGUAUCGUCCAAGGAAACAACCAGUUCCUAGGCUCGCCCGUGAACCGUGUCAAAAUCACAGGCAUCUGGGCUUCGCGUGCACUCAUCGAAUCGCCGGAUCUGCCGCUGGCUGAGAAGAUCCGCAACCUUGGACGACACCUCAUCUUCCGGAUGGUGUUGUUGACGACUGAUAUUUUCUUCUACUUCACCAAGGUGCGCCAGUUCUUGCAUCUUGGUGGUGGUAUGGAGGAUGAUAUUGAAGCUCAGAUGCAGAAUAUGGCUAAGGAUAUGGGUGUUGAGCUUAACCAUAGUGUCUUCGAAGGGUAG